CUAGCCUACUGUGAAAAAUAGCCUUAACUGUUAAGUAUGUUACCAAGGAUAUUGUCACAGCUAAACCUAGCUUCUGUAAUAUUUCAACCAAGGGUGAGCCAGGCUCCAUGGGCAUGAUUGGAGUUCCAGGACCACCUGGGAGAGGCUUACCUGGAUCUAAGGGGGACACGGGUCCAGCAGGCGCCCCCGGGCCUGUAGGAGAGCAGGGAGUGGGGAUCCCAGGACCUAAGGGUGACAGAGGAACUCCUGGACUAAUGGGAUCACCUGGACUGAAGGGAGAGGGGUAUCCAGGUCCUCAGGGCCCCCCAGGGCUGCCAGGCCUGCCAGGAGAGAUGGGACCAGAGGGGAAGGGAGUCCCCGGGCCAAAGGGUGACCGAGGAUCACACGGCUCUCCCGGCCCCUCAGGGCCUCCUGGGAUAGGACUGAUAGGAGAAAAGGGGGCGCUAGGCCAGCCAGGGCCUGCAGGUGAGGCAGGACUACCAGGAGAGGGGAUUCAGGGGCCCAAGGGUGAACCAGGGUUUCAGGGGCAGCCAGGACCACGGGGACCUCCAGGAGAUGGGCACCCCGGAGAGAAGGGCGACAGAGGUAACCCUGGUGAGCGUGGGAGGAAAGGGGACAGAGGGGAAUUCGGACAGCCGGGACAAACAGGACAAGUGGGAUUACCAGGAGAGAAAGGGGAGGCUGGAUUAUCAAGAGAAGAGGUGAUCCGGAUCAUGCGGGAAAUAUGUGGCUGCGGUAUCCGUUGCCGUGACAGCCCGCUGGAGCUGGUGUUUGUGAUUGACAGCUCGGAGAGCGUGGGCCCCGAGAACUUCGAGGUGGUCAAGGACUUUGUGAACGCGCUGAUCGACCGUGCGGCGGUGAGCCGCGAGGCGACGCGGGUGGGCGUGGUGCUGUACAGUCACGUGGACCUGGUGGUGGUCAGCCUGCAGCAGAACCUGGGCAGGACCCGGCAGGACCACGUCAAGGCGGCCGUCAGGAAGAUGCCCUACCUGGGAGAGGGCACCUUCACGGGCAGCGCCCUGCGCACCGCCACCCAGCUCUUCCAGGUGGCGCGGCCCAACGUUUGCAAGGUGGCGCUGGUGCUGACCGACGGCCAGGCCGAUCGCCGUGACGACGUGAAGCUGGAGGACGCGGCGGCGCAGGCACACGCGGCGGGCGUGGAGGUCUUCGUCAUCGGCGUGGUGCGGAGGAACGACCCACUCUACGACGACUUCGCCGCAGAGAUGAACACCAUGGCCUCCGACCCCGACCACGAACACGUCUACCUCAUCGACGACUUCAUGACUCUCCCCACUCUGGAGAGUAAGCUCCUGAGCCGGAUCUGCGAGCACGACGACGGCUCUCUCUUCAGACCCAUCCCGAACUUCCAAUUCCCCAACGGCCACAGCCCCCCACCAGGCAAAACGGACAAACCCACCUACGACAGUGACCCUUAUCGUCCUGACAAUGACCUCUACAGACCUGGCAAUGUCCCCUAUCGUCCUGACAACGACUUCUAUCGACCGGACCCCUACAGACCCGAAAGUGAGAUAUACCGCCCUGACAAGCAGCCACAGCCUCCAGUGGAGCCAGAGCGCCCUCCGUUCCCCGACCGCUCACCGCCAUUCCCCGACCGCUCACCGCCAUUCCCCGACCGCUCACCGCCAUUCCCCGACGAUGCCGACGGCAACUCCUUAGAUGACAAUGAGAUCGAGAUCGGCCACUCCACCUCUUUGUACGAGGAGCCGUUCGACCCGCUACCCGAGUUCACCGUGGAGUCGCCUGGGGUCAAGGUCAUGUCAGAGGUCAUCGCCAUGGUGGGCCCCCAGACGCCCACAAACUGGCACUCAAACCUGGCGACCCCCCCUGUGCCCACACAGCCCCCCCCACCCCCACCGGCUGAUGGAUUUGUGCAGGAGGUCGGCUGUGGUCAGGAUCUGGACCCCGGCCCGUGCCGGCAGUACGAGGUGAGAUGGUACUACGACCCGGAAGCAAACUCCUGCGCCCAGUUCUGGUACGGCGGUUGCCAGGGCAACAGGAACCGCUUUGAGUCGGAGGAUCUCUGCAAGAAGGCCUGCGUGAAGACGUAGCGGACGUCUGUGGUGGUGGCUGAAGAAGUGGCGCCCCCUGUGGUCAGGAGGGCAUCAGCAUUUGCCCAGCCCUUUGGGAAGAGACUCUGGGCCAAGCACAGAGACCACCUCUGACUAACCCUCCAAUGGCCUCAGUAAUCUCCACUGGAAAGCCCUUAGAUCCACUUAACCUACGGGCCUAUAUGCCCACUAACCUACUCUUCUCACAUUAGGAGACACAGACACUGCAUCACCUCCCAAUCCCACAGACCCACCAGCUGAGUAGCACUUGCAGUAGCACCACACACACGCGCUGUGUCCUUUCCCCAGUUGACCUUAGAGGACAAACAGACCUUCUGCUGCACGCUGUGACCAACACAAUAUUAUGAUGGUGCUGUUGUUCUGUGUGAAGCUGUAAAUACUGAGAUAGUCGUAGCCUGUUGUAUAGAUUUCUAGAUGUUCAGGUGAUCCCACACGUAGCCUGUUGUAUAGAUUUCUAGAUCUUGCAGGCGCCCACACGUAGCCUGUUGUAUAGAUUUCUAGAUGUUCUGGUGCCCACACGCUGGGAACCUUGUUUUCCUAAAGACGCCUUAAGAGCUUUGAAACACUGUGAAGUGAGCAGGGACUGAACUCUUAUCAGUCCUCAUGUGUAAAUGUAGUGAAAUAAAGAACUACUGUAGAUGUGACAGCUGUUUACAAUAUGCACACACUUACCAUAUAUAUAUUUUGUAGUCACAGUCUGACAUAUUAACUGUUUAACAAUAAUAACCGCUGGUACCAGCUGACAAAUUGUAUUUUUGUCUAAAUUUGUAAAAGUUCCAAGUGUUUUAUGUGCAAACUAAAUUUAUAAUAACUGUUUGAAAUAAAAAUGAUA